CUAACGGUGUCGCUUCGUGCUCCUCUCCAUUUACAUUAUCUUCUCUCCUGAAACAACUGAUCUGAUCUCUCCCCUCGUGUGCAUCUGUGGGACAAUGGAUUUUCAUAUACGCAGUGUUUUCCUUCUGCUUAUCGUUUCUUCUCUUCUCUGCUCAAUAGCUAAGGCUGAAACCAGUGGUUCAGUUUUCUUUAUCGAUGGCCAAAAUCGCCAAUACCUUCGUACUCCAUCAACAAACGAUGUCGUUCAGUCUCACUCAAUGUCGCCUCUGGAGCUGGGUGCUGCUGUGUCUGUCUUGCUUGGUUUUGCACCACCUGCCACAAUUUCAGCUGCUGGUUCAUCUAAGUUGAAUGAAGUUCUCUUGCCCAAUCCAUUUGAUAGGCCUCGCACUGUUUUCAUGCUGGAAGUCACAGGAGUCAAUGAUCUGGAUGCUCCACAAAUUGGCAUGUUCAGCAAUGCCUUUAGAAGCAAGUUUAUUCUUGAUUCGGAUAAAGCUCAAAUUGAACUGCCAGAUGAAGAAGUUUCUGUGGUUUCUUUAGAUGAAACAUCAGCAGACUGCAAUGACGAGGAAUUAAGUGGUUUGGCAUCUUGGUUGGGUGGAUCCUAUGCUAUUGAUGCUUUGGAACCACAGAAUGGAAAGUUGAUCAUCCCACUGGCUAGUGGUGUCAAUAUGAAUCUUCACGUGUCAAAGAAAGCAGACCAGGAAUUCAUGGCAAGUCUCUUGGCUUUGUUCCGCAAUAGUAGAAGAGCAAUAGAAAUGCAUGAAGAUCUGUCACAGGCUACUCAAGGACCUGCAGAGUUGAUCAUGGGUCGUUUUGAUGGCGUUAAGGCCUUGCAAGAGCAAUAUGGACAUGAAGUUGUGGAGCAAGGACUGGAGCUAUUGCUUGCUACAUUGUCUAAAAUGCUUGAUUCAUUCCAAGCAGCAUACAAAGGUCAAUUUGUUGGAGUUAUCAUCUGUAAUGAGAUACCUUCUUCAGAAUCAGGAACAAUGUUGAAUCUGAUGUUGACUUCACGGCCAUCUGCACGUUGGUUGGCAGAGAAAGAAGGAUCAAAUACAACUAAUGCAACAACCAUUGCAGAAAUAGCCUUGGUUAGAAAGACCCUAGCUUGGGUGACUGGAAUUAUUCUUCUCAUUUCUACUCUAUUAGGGAUAUACUUGCUGCUUAAUAUGCCACUCACCAGGGACACCCUUCUCUACUCUAAUGUCAAACUUGACUAAAGGUUGCUCUGGCAAAUCAGGUGUCCUCUUUUAAGCAUCGGUAUCUGGUGCAUGGCCGAGAAAAUACAAGAAAGCUGGUUGAUGUGAGGCCUAAUGUACUUUGGGGCAGGGGGAAUUCAAAUGUGUAACAAUGAUAAUUAUGCAGCAAAUUUUUGGUUGGCGGUUAGAUAGAUUGUCAUAUUGUGCAUUUGUUGAAUAGUUUGUUGCCAUCAUGAUAUUAAUAUGUAUUUUUAGCUGCCUUUCAUAAUUGAACGUCAUAUAAGAUUUUGAAUAAGGAAAACUGCUGAGAUUCCUAGUUA